AACUUGACAUAAUAUGUCAAUGUCAGACGUGAAGUCAACAUACCCACCUACAGCUGAUUUCACGUUAUUUUUUAUAAAAAAAUAUUCAUUUAUGACAUACUGGUAAGAAAUUAGGAAUUCAGGAAUUUUAACGAGGAAUUGAAGUUGCAUCGCAUAGAUAGCUUAUACUCACCGUCAUGCAAACCAUGACUACUACAAUAGAACCUUCUGUCCUACCGCCGAAGUUUUCGGCAGGGCCGAAGGGCUUAGGAGAUCCUGAUGAUAAAUCAUUAAGAAGAGUAGAAAUCGAAGUUUUAAUUCCAAAACUCAUGAGAGAAAAAGCAAAAACCGAGAAAUGUGUUUCAGAAGUAGCAGAAUUUAACGAAUGUGUGAAGGAAUCUUCAGUUUUUAUGGUUUUUAAUUGUAGAAAAGAAAAUAGUGUAAUGAAAGCAUGUUUGGGAGAUUGGUAUAAAAAUCAGGACUUCAUAAAAGAAUGUACAGAAGAAUAUUUAAAAGAGAGAAGUGAAUAUAGAAGAACAGGAGUCAAGAAACCUAUAAAACGAGCCUAAUUUAAAGUUGUUUUUUUAGCUAUUAGUUUUAAGAAAAAUAAAUGUUUUAGUCUUCA